AUGGGAGACGAUGGCAAGGCAGCGGGGUAUAUUGGGUGCAAAGCGUGCGGCUACAAGUGGAACUGGAGAAGCAAAGUCGAGUGUUUCAGGUGCAAGGCGAAGCUCCGCCCCACCGUCGGCGUCCCACCGCCACCGUCUGGAGUUUGGGCACAGAAUGGAUCUCAUUCUGCGGGUUGGCCACGCUCGGGACGGCAGUGGAAGAAGUGGGCACCAUGGCGGCACUCCACGUACGCAAGCACCAAGGCUGGCUGGGACACCGUGGAGGCGCAGAUGGGCGAUGGCGGACAGUCCGACCCGAUCACCACGGUCUCCCUCAUCACGAGCUUGGCUGCGUACCAGGGCGUCGGCGAGAAGAGCGACCCCACCAUCACGGCCGCCUUGGACACGCUGCGCCGCAAAGCCCAAGAGGAGGAGGCCAACGCCAAGCCUGCACCAGCCCCACCCAAGCAGCGCACAGGCGCCCAGCUGCUGGCUGACGCCAAUCGCGCGCUCAAGGAGCUGGACAAUCGCAUCGAGAAGCAGCGGACGAAGCUCACGGGCGCGCAGCUGUACUUGGACGACCAGCUCGAGAAGAUGGACAAGUUGGCCCAGCAGAGGGUCGAGGUGCAGCAGCGGCAUCUCACGGCGCUCCAACAGGCCAACCAGGAGUCGGGCAUCAUCGUGGUCAAACCCGAUGAGAAGACCCUCAACGUCAAGUUCGAGUACGACGGCUCGCUCUUCGAGGGCCUCGAGGAGUGCGACAUACCGUCCGAGGAGAUGGACAGCAUCAUGCAGUGGAAGAGCGAGCUGGAGCAGUUCCAGAAGGAGCAGCUGGGCACCCUGCAGGCGAAGUUCAAGUACAUCGAGGAGAUCCACCAGGAGGCAAAGAAGGCCAUGCAGGCCCCCAAAAAGAAGCGUAAGGUCGAAGCAGGAACGGAAGGACCCAAGGCAGAGGCAGUGGAAGAGGACCCCCCUGCGCCAGAGGCACCCACCACAGAAACGCCAGCGACCGCAAGCAACGGCGCAGGUGCGGCAGCCAUCAACCCCGAGGACGAGAAGAAGAAGAUCAGGGAUGCCAAUCAGCUCAUGAGCAAGCUGACGGUCUGGCUGAUGGUGCUGAGCAGUCUGGGCUUUAGCGAGGCACAGUCCACCCAGCAGCAGAGCGAGGAGUUCCAGGUCCUGUUCGGCAACAUUACGGAGUGGGGCCCACAGGUGCAGAACUACGUACAAGGCCCAGCCGCGCAGCAGUUCGAUUGCCUGGCGUUUGUGGAAACGCAUAAGGGGCCAAACCAAGUCUCAGCCAUGAAGACGUUCCUGCAGAAGGAAGGAUGGAAGGCGGCGAUUACCCCCGCGGUCCCCAGUGGCAAGUCGGAGAAAGGAUGGUCCGCGGGUGAACUCGUCGCCACGCGCACACACAUACAGUCCACGUCCUUGGAGCACUGGAAGGGCAAGCACGACAAGAAAGGGGACUCGGCCUUCGUCGGGUUCUCCCCCAUGGUGCUGCACCUCAGCAUCGGCAAUUUCAUCAUCAUCGCGGCGUACCUACUACCGGCCCUGCGUUUCACGGGCAGGAACCGAAAGGUCAUGGCAGCCCUCACGGCCUUCGUGCGCUUGCUGAAGGACCCAUGGCUCGUCGUGGCGGAUUGGAACUGCGUCCCUACUGAGCUGCUCGCAUCUGGUUGGAUAGAACAGAUGCGAGGCGAGAUCGUCACGGGCCCAGAGGAGGUCACAUGCGACAAAGGCAAGGGCUCCCUCUACGACUACGGCGUCGUCGCCGCGGGCUGCAAGGAAGGGCUUACCAUUGCCAAAGAGCUGACAGUACCAUGGGCGACGCAUUGUGGGCUUCGCAUCAGGCUGGCAGGCAAGAAGCAGCGAUGGUGGCACCGCGCGCUGGACAUUCCCAAAGCGUUGCCCACGGUGCCGAGGCCGAAGAAGCAGAAGGACCUGGACAGCAAGCGGAGUAAGCAGCAGGCCUAUCGUGAUCGCCCACUGCUGGCGCAGAAGUUGGCGAACAGCUACGGCAGGUGGAUCGAGGCCGUGGAGGAGGCAGUUUUGCAACAUUCAGAGGUACCCCAACACCAACGAGACGGCUAUCGAGGAAGGGCGCAGGGUUUCGGCAUCAAGUGGAAAAAGAGCACAGCAUCGCCAGGCAGACCGCAUCUGUACAAUUCUGAGGCAGAUUGGUGGGCCAUCACGCACACGCAGGUGAUCGCGAUCAACGGCCUAGUGAAAAGCAACAAAGACCCACAGCAGCUGCUACAACGAGGGCAAGAGUUUCGACAGCGUAUACAGCAGGUACAUGUGGUCAGCAAGCACAACGAUAUCGAGCUGCUCAACCAGUGGCAGCAGAUGGCGCACGACAUUUUCAGCCCAGCCCGUCAGGAGAGAGAGGACGUGAUAGAGAUCACCGAGAGGUUGGCAGGACAAGCUGCGCGGAGAGCUCUGGCAGAUGGCACAAAGGGCUUCAUCAGGUGGGCGCAAGAUAUGUGGAAGAAGACCCCUGGAGCCCUGCACAGGUGGACGAAGGACACGCAGCAGCCGCGGCUCGAGGAGAUGAUCUCAGGCAAGAUCGUGGCCGACCCCAUCCUCAUCAUGAGCCACAAGAGCGAAA